UCAUUUUCAUUAAAAACACACAUACUUAAUACUUAAGCAUGUGGUGGUGCAAUUGCAAACUUCAUACAUGCACGAAAGAAUUCAAACAAAAAAGAUGCUUCUUGUUAUCCAAAGAAAAAAAGUUAAGCAUUCACGUGAACUACCAAUCCUACCUCAAAAUAUCUAUCCUUUCCACAUACCAUGUUGAAGCAAUUCAAUAGCAAUAAAAAGAUAUCCACUCCUCCCUCUCUAUAUAAUAGAACCGAAUUCACCACAAAAAUACACACAACACAAACAACCCUAUCAACAAAAUGAAGAUGAUUCUAACUAUCUCCUUCUUCAUUUUCUCCCUUCUUUCCCUCUCUCAUGCAUCAGUAGUAGAUUUCUGCGUAGCAGAUUACAAUGCACCAAACGGCCCCGCCGGAUAUUCAUGCAAAACACCCAAAAAAGUAACCGUGGACGACUUCGUCUUCCACGGCUUAGCCACAGGUGGAAACACCACAAACAUUAUCAAAGCCGCUGUCACACCUGCAUUCGACGCGCAAUUUCCCGGCGUAAAUGGACUUGAUAUUUCAAUCGCGCGAUUAGAUUUAGCUGGAGGUGGAGUUAUUCCACUUCACACUCACCCUGGUGCGUCGGAGAUAUUGGUUGUUGUUCAAGGAACAAUCUGUGCUGGUUUUGUUUCAUCCGACAAUGUUGUUUACCUUGAAACACUUUACAAAGGUGAUGUUAUGGUUUUUCCACAAGGGUUGUUGCAUUUCCAAAUUAAUAGUGGUGGUUCUAAUGCACUUGCUUUUGUUAGCUUUAGUAGUGCUAAUCCUGGUUUACAGAUAUUGGAUUUCGCUUUGUUUAAAAGCGAUUUUCCUACUGAGCUGAUUACUCAAACUACUUUCCUUGACGCGGUUGUGGUGAAGAAGCUGAAGGGUGUUCUUGGAGGUAGUGGUUAAAAAAAGCAUGGUAAUAUCCAUGAAAAAGUGAGGAUUCAGGAUUAGUGUGUUUUCUUCUAAUUUUUGUUGGAUUUUGUUUGGUUGUGUUGUUUCUUGUUGUUUAAGUUUGUUUUUUUUUUAAGGAAGGUAACUUUAUAAAUUUGUGACAUGAGAUGAAUGAUGAAUGUAAGUUUAGUAUUUUCUUGAACGUCUCAUGAGAUGAGACUAUUGAUAAAUAAAAAAGAGUUAUAAUAAAUUUCCUUA